UGUAUUUUCCAUUCUAAGUGGGUAUGUUCUGUGACAGUUGACAGCAGGAAAACAAGCAUAUGUACUUAAACAUUUGAAUAAGAUUUAUUUUUAUAAAAAAACAUAUUGACAUUACGUGCACUCAACGUCGGCAAACUGAACGAGACUGUGCAGCAGUUAAGAGCAAUAUCCAACCACAGACAUCAACAAUAGUCGUGAAAAUAUGUGGGAUUCUUCCAUGUUUUUGAGCAAUUUGACUCCUAAGUUCUAUGUAGCGCUAACUGGAACAUCUUCAUUGAUAUCUGGUGUUAUACUUAUCUGUGAAUGGUGGUACUUUAGAAAGUAUGGAUCUUCCUUUAUUGAACAGUUGUCAAUAAACUACAUAACUCCUUGGCUUAGUGGGGAAUGUAAAGAUGACACGGUAACGACUACUCAACAAGUUCAUUCUCCAGUUCCUGAUUGCAAAAUUUGGCGAAAUCCGUUAAGUUUAUUCCGAGGAGCUGAGUACCAAAGGUUUUACUGGGCCACGAAUAAAGAACCGCUAACGUACUACGAUAUGAAUUUAUCGGCUCAAGAUCAUCAAACAAUUUUCACAUGUGAUUCUGAUGCAGGAAAGGCCGAAUAUGAAAUAAUGCAAACAGCGUGGCGAGAGAGAAAUCCACAAGUGCGAUUGAAAGCAGCACAUAGUGCUCUGGAAAAAAAUCCCGAAUGCGCUACGGCGUACAUUUUAUUAGCUGAAGAAGAGGCCACUACUAUUACAGAAGCUGAAAAUCUUUUCCGACAAGCAUAUAAAGUUGCAGAGAUAAAUUAUAAAAAAUCGCAAGGUUUACAGCACCAGGGUAUACUAAUGGAAGUUCAACAUAAAAGGGAUACAAAUGUUCUAAUAUACGUAAAAAGACGACUUGCUAUGUGUGCGAGAAGAUUAGGAAAAUUAAAAGAAGCGGUGAAAAUGUUCAGGGAUUUGACCAAAGAAGUGCCACCAAUAAUGUCUCUUUUAAACGUUCACGAGAAUCUUAUCGAAGCCCUAUUACAAAUGCAAGCCUACGCCGAUGUUCAGGCUGUAUUAGCUAAAUAUGAUGACAUUUCACUACCUAAGUCCGCUACGAUAUGUUAUACAGCAGCUCUAUUGAAAGCAAGAAACGUUAUUGAUAGAUUUUCACCAGACCUUACUGGAAAGCGAGGCUUAAACAACGCCGAACUCCAAGCAGUAGAAGCCAUACAUAGAGCGGUAGAAUUCAACCCUCAUGUGCCUAAAUAUCUUCUUGAAAUAAAACCACUGAUCUUGCCGCCAGAACAUUUGCUAAAAAGAGGAGACUCUGAAGCGUUAUCGUACAGUUUCUUUCAUUUGGCACAUUGGAAAGCUAUUGACGGGGCACUAAACUUACUACACUGCACUUGGGAGGGCACAUUCAGAAUCAUUCCAUCGCCAUUGGAAAGAGGUCACCUGUUUUAUCCCUACCCUACAUGCACAGAAUGUGCUGAUAAGGAGUUGCUACCAGCAUUUCACGAACUUUCGGUAUACCCGAAAAAGGAAAUACCGUUUUUUAUAAUGUUCACAGCGGGUUUGUGUUCGAUUACUGCGAUGUUAGCGUUCUUAACGCAUCAAUAUCCAGAAAUAAUGGGUCUACUUGCCAAAACUGUAGUUAACUGGAUCUCAUUGCCAAUUGUGUUUGUGUAUGAUAGGAUCGAUAGUUUUAUUCCUCCGAACUUAAUACAACAAAUUAUUCGGAUUUAAGUAAUUUGAUUUACAGCUGUCGCCGUCAAAGGACCUUCCGUGACUAAUUGGUUCUCCUAUAAUUCCCAACCAAUUAAAUACUACUGGAUCAAGAACAGCUGGAAAAAAUUAAUAGUAGAUAGACUGGUUUAUGGAGUACUUAACUACUCGUCUCAAUGUUUCCGCUUAAUCGCGAAUAUAUGCUUGAAGUGCG